AUGGCGCUUCGACAUGCGUCGGGGCUGGAGAAGUUGCGAGCCGAGUUUGAUCACUUCCAGGAGACUGAAGACUGGAAGGUUGUGAGACAGAAGGCGGGUCCUGUGGAGCAUCUGCUGGUGCCCGGCUUGCCACGCUUGGGCGCCAGCCACGCUUCGCUGAGUGGUUCACAAAUUCACCUGGCGCCGGCAUUGGGUCAGCAGCUGAAUGUAGGUGGCAUUGCACUGGUACCCGGUGGACUGGCUGCGCAGGCAUAUCGUUGCUGCCAGAUUCUCGAGCAGGUGCUUUUGGCCUGUGGCUCCUCGUUGCAGCAGUUGGUGAGGCUCAGCUGUCACGUUUCCCAUCUCACCAGCUUCAACUCAGAAGUGCCGGGUCCCAGCUGGGUGGAGGCUGGCUGGAAAGCUGAAAAAAUGGGAAAAACUUGGAAAAGUGAUCAGAUUCUGAUAUCCUUUUGGGGGCCAUCUUCAGCAAAUUGCAUCAUAUUAAAGGAGAUUAAUGGAUAUUCAUGCCAUAUUAUAUAA